AUGGAUCCAGGUGACUAUCUACUUGUUGCUUUAGACCUUUGCAUUAGAAGUGAGGAGUGGCCACCUCUAGUCAGCCGUCAUGCCAGAAACCACUCAUACAAAAUGAAAGGUCAAAAGUCAGAAGGGGAAAACCAUACAAUCACAUGCAGGGCAGCCAUUGCCUGGGCAACAAAUUCUCCUCUGUCAAUUGAAGAAGUGCAAGUUGAGCCCCCAAAGGCUGGGGAAGUUCGUAUUAAGAUGACAUCUUCAGGGAUCUGUGGUUCUGAUGAUCAUGUCUUGAAAGGAAUAAUCCCAGUGAAGUUUCCUUUAAUCCCAGGCCAUGAAGGAGCUGGGAUUGUGGAGAGUAUAGGUGAUGGAGUGAACUCCGUGAAACCAGGAGAUAAAGUCCUUACAGUCAUUAUUCCACAGUGUAGAGAAUGUAGUUCCUGCUUACACCCCAGAGGCAACUUCUGUGAGAAGCAAGAUAUUCUGCCUUCUUCUGGAUUAAUGAUGGAUGGGACCAGCAGAUUUACCUGCAAAGGAAAGAAGAUUUAUCACUCUUUCCGCACAAGUACAUUCACUGAAUAUACCAUUGUGCCUGAGAUUGCAGUGGCAAAAAUUGAUGAUGCUUCUCCUAUGGAUAAAGUUUGUCUCAUGAGCUGUGCAAUGCCUACAGGCUAUGGGGCUGCUGUUCAUUCAGCCAAGGUCACCCCUGGUUCCAUCUGUGUGGUCUUUGGACUUGGAGGAAUUGGCUCAGCCAUUGUCAUGGGCUGCAAAGCCUCUGGUGCUUCUAGGAUCAUUGGAGUUGACAUCAAUGAGGAGAAGUUUCCUCGGGCAAAAGCCUUAGGCGUCACUGAUUGUCUCAACCCUCAGAAACUCAAGAAGCCUGUCCAGCAGGUGGUGAUGGAAAUGACAGGUGUUGGUGUUGACUUUGCCUUUGAGGCCAUUGGACUCACGGAAACCAUGAUAGCUGCUUGGGAAUCCUGCCACCUGAGCUAUGGUGUCUGUCUGAUCAUUGGGGUGGCUCCACCAAAUUCGAAGCUUUCCCUUGAUGCAACACCAAUUAUCACUGGGAGGAUACUGAAGGGCGUCUGUUUAGGAGAAUAUAAAACCAGAGACUGUAUUCCCCAAAUAGUGACUGCUUAUCUGCAACAUAAGGUUAAUGUCGAUCCAUUAAUAACCCAUCAGCUGCCUUUUGACCAAAUCCACAAAGCCUUUGAGUUGUACCAUGCUGGAAAAACCAUCCGUUGUGUUCUGCUAUUCUGA